AUGGCAAUGCUGUGUGCCAAAAACAACAUUCCUUUCUCCUUCCACAACGCCUUCAACAAAUGUGUAGCUGACAUGUUCCCAGACUCUGCUAUUGCACGAAAAUACUCAACAGGAAAAACUAAGGCUACUCAAAUCAUCAAAGGCCACCAUAACUCGGUCAUCAGCAGACUGAAGACCACCCAGCCCCACGUCCAGGACCUUGGCUGCAUCUGCCACCUGGUACAGCUGGCCACUGGCUGUGGCAUCAGAGCAGCCCAGGUACCACUGGAAGACAUCCUGGUGGGGAUAUACACCCACUUUGAUAAAAGUGCAAAAAGAUGUGAAGUCUACAAAGAAUUUUGCAGAUGGCUGAGUCUGUUAUCCUGCAUCCAGAGGGUGCUGAACCAGUGGGAUGCACUACAGGCCUACUUUAACAGUCAUGAAGAGGUGGAGAGGAGUGUUAAAGUGCGUGAUCUGGCAAGCCAUCUGCGUGAUCCAAUCGUGAAGACCUACUUCCUGUUCCUGAGUGCUGCCCUUAAGCCUUUAUCUGAAUUUAACAUUGCCUUCCAGUCAGAGGGAGUACAAAUUCACAGACUUGAAGAGGAGAUGUGCAGGCUGAUAAAGAGGAUCCUGAGCUACCUCAUACCAGCCAGGGCAAUCAUGGGUGUACCUCUCAGGGAGGUGGAGUAUGGAGAAGGACAUCAGUUGGCUGAUGAAGAUCUCUUUAUCGGUGCAGACGCAAAUACAUUCAUGAGAAGCGCUGAGCUCCCUGUGUCAGCCGAGAAGAAAAUCUUUCAAACUGUGAGAAGCUUCUAUGAGGCAGUUCUUAAGAAGAUGUUCUCCUCCUUUCCCCUCGACCAUCCACUCCUUAGGGACCUAAAGGUGCUGGACCCUGCAGCUCGUCUUAACAUAACUCCAGGGACAGGUAGAUAAUAGAAACAGUUUCCAAAAGGCUUUAUGCCCAGCUCCACUACUUACCAUAGCAACCACCCUAGCAAUGGUCAGACACACCUGGAUUAAUCACAGGGUUCGUAGGGGUGUUUGAAAUCCUUUAAAGUGCUUGAAUUUUGAUGUUGUGUUUUCAAGGUUUGAUAAGUGCUUGAAUUUUGGAUAAAAUGCUUGAAAAGUGCUUGAAUCUGACCUUGGAAAAGGUGUACGAACCCUGUAAUCAGUUUGUCCAAUAGUGUAAGACAGGAAAUAAAGGAGCUGGCUUAAGUUCAGGAAGUAGUGCAGCUGUGCAUAAAGCCUAUUGAUGUUAGGCAAGGCAAGGCAAUUUUAUUUGUACAGCCGAUUUUUACAAACAAUUUGUCUCAAAGGGCUUUACAUUAUAACAACAUCCUCUGGGGACAGUUCCCCAUUGAUAACCAAACAAAUAAUUGGCACAGUAGCCUAUACUUGAUACUUGUUUAGAU